AUGGUCUCGGACAAGUCGCUGUUCACGGCCUAUCGCCACAUCGCUCCUACGAAGAUUGGUGGUAUUGCAGGGGGCAUCAACGCCGUCGGAACGGGAAACAUCGCCUUUGUUGCCGCCUCCGGUCACCCGAUCACGCUUACCGGCGUGCUGCACACCCCGGGCCUGUCUGUCAACCUCCUCUCGGUCUCUCGACUUUGCGACACCGACGAUGUCCGUGUCGCCUUCACGAAGCACGGCAUCCAUAUCGACAAGAACGGCAAUGCUAUCGCUGAAGGCGCAAGACUCGAGGAAGGGCUCUACUUGCUGGACGCUGAUCAUUCCAAAUGUCAGCAUCUCGCUCUCCUCUCUCGCUCACAGUCUUCCGUGCCCCUGCUGACCCUUCACCGCUGCCUCGGCCAUCUCGCACCGUCGUCCAUACAGAAGAUGGUUGCCGCUGGUUUGCUGGAAGGUCUCGGGGCCGGAUAUAGUGACGAAGAGGUAGAGAAGUUUGUCUGCAAUGCUUGCCUCAGUGCAAAGGGCCAUCGUCUUCCUUUUCCCGAUUCGGACUCGCACUCCUCAGAGAGACUCGGCCUCGUACACAGCGAUGUGCUUUCCUUUCCCGAGUCGUCCUUGACUGGCAAGCGUUACCUGGUCACGUUUCUUGACGACUUCUCGCGCAAACUGUGGGCAUACGCGAUCGGACACAAAAGCGAAGUCUUUGGCGUGUUCAAGACAUGGCUUGCCGAGGUCGAACUCGAGACGGAUGCAAAACUGAAGGUCCUCCGAACCGACAAUGGUGGCGAAUACUGUUCGAGAGCGUUCACGGAAUUCUGUAAGGCACGCGGCACACGUCGACAAUACUCUAUCCCUCGAACGCCUCAACAGAACGGUCGUGCCGAACGAGUCAAUCGUUCUAUCGUCGAAGGUGUCCUUGCCCUCCUUGCAGACGCCCACUUACCCAAAUCAUUCUGGGAGGAGGCAGCAGCUUAUUUCGUCUACUGCAAGAACCUGUGCGAACACUCGGCCCUGGACAAGGCAACACCGAACUUCGCCUGGCAGGGCGACCGCACCAACGCCUCGGCGCUUCACCCGUUCGGCUGCACGGCUUGGCUCACAGUCGCGCCUGAACUUCGCUCGAAACUCGACCCGAAAGCGGUUCGCGUUCUCUUCACCGGCUAUGACCUGGCUUCUAAAGCCUUCCGUUUCUACGACACGACGACCAAGAAGAUCAGUUUGGGCAGAAAUGCCAGGUUCCUCGACAACGAAUUUCCCGGGUUACGUAGCGACUCCACCGAGCAAGACGCCGACACGCACUUCGCCAGCGCUUGCCCGACCACCGAAUCCCAAGCCGUUGUCAAGACAUGGACCCCACUAGUAAGGUCGGCGCACAUGGACGUCUCAUCCUCUCUUGAUGACUCUGCCAUGAGCGCCGUUGACGUGGCCCCAGGGUACACUGGCGGAACCUUACUUAAUUCCACAGAUGCCGAAUCGUCCUCGUCACCGUCUCCUGAGCCGUCCUCGUCACCGUCGCCCGCAACUCCCUUGUCACCGUCGCCUGCGCUGUCACCGUCGUUGGCUGCGUCAUCGUCACCCUCGGCCUUACCGACCGACUCUGACUACUCCGCCGACCCUCUGGACCUCAUCGGCUCACAGACCCCGACUCGCCUCGGCCCACCGGACGUGCACCGCCCAGACUUCAGCACGUACCGUGAGCCCGCAUCGGCUGAGGAGUCGCCCGACGAACUCGACAUCAUUGGGCGCCACUCGCGCGAUGAAUCGCCGGACGAAAUCGAUUUCCUCACCCAACACCACCGCGCCUUCAUCGCCACCGACGACGACAACUCUGACACAGAAGCCAUUCAACCAGUCAAGUCCAUCACCAGCGACCCACAGACAUGGCGCGAGGCAAUGUCGAGUGACAAGCGCGAAGUGUGGGCCAAGGCCGCUACCGACGAGUUCAAUUCCAUGCGCGACGACUUCAAGGUCUUCACCAUCGAGGACCGAUCCACGGUACCAGCGGGUGCGACCAUCGUCACAUCCAAGUUCGUCUGGAAAACGAAACGGAAUGCACUCGGCGAAGUCACCGGCCACAAGGCACGGCUCGUGGCGCAGGGAAAUCGGCAACGCGACGGCAUCGACUUCAACGAAACCUUCGCACCAGUCGCACGCUUCUCCUCGAUACGCUCACUCCUCGCGCUGGCGGCCGCCAACGGCUUGCACGUGCACCAGGCGGACAUCGACAAAGCCUAUCUGCAUGGCGACCUUGACCAUGACAUCUGGAUGACGACACCGCGCGGCUUCGACCUUCCCACCGACAAGGUGCUUCGUCUGCGACGCUCCAUCUACGGACUCAAACAGGCUGGCCGAAUCUGGAAUCGACACAUCGACGCAUCGCUUCGAGAUCUCGGCUAUACGGCGACGGGCACCGACCACUGCGUGUACUCUCGGAUCGACGAUCGGCGACGCCCACACUACAUCGCGCUGUACGUCGACGACCUCCUGAUGAUCAGCCCCGACUUGGCCGAAAUUGAACGUGUCAUCUCGGGCCUCGAACAACGCUACGGCGUCAAGCGCCUCGGCCCGGCAGAGUACAUCCUCGGCAUCCAGAUCAGGCGACUCGAAGACGGUUCUAUUGCCCUGUCCCAGGAACGGUACAUCAUGGACGUGCUUGCUCGGUUCCACUUCGACACCACGACUCGCGGCACUACAGUCCCGAUGACCCCCGGCCUUUCGCUCACCGCCAUCCCGGGUCAAGGCACCGAACGGAUCAGGUCAUGGUAUCUGCAGGCUAUCGGCUCGCUCCUCUACAUUUCGCUCGGCACCCGCCCCGACAUCGCCUUCGCCGUGUCCUACCUGGCCCGCUUCGCCAACAACCCUGGACGUCGUCACUGGAUCGCGGUCAAGCACAUCCUCCGCUAUCUCCGGGCCACAUAUCGCGACGAACUGGUUUAUGCUUGCGGCGAGACACGCAUCACGGGCGUGGUUGGCUACUCCGACGCGAACUGGGGGGCCUGCGUCGAUACGUCGGUGUCCACUAUGGCUACGUCUUCUACAUUGCCGGAUCCGCCGUGUCUUGGUCGUCCAAGCGUCAAUCUCGAGUUGCCGAUUCUACCACCGACGCUGAAUACCUCGCCCUCUCGCAUGCUGGCAAGGAAGGGAUCUACCUCAGUCAGCUGCUCGAGGAGCUCCAUGUCCAACCUGUUGCACCGGCUCACAUUUUUACUGACAAUGAAGCCGCUGCCGCAGUUGCCCACGACCCUGUCCGCGUCUCCGGCACUCGACACAUACGCUUGCGCGAGCACUUUGUUCGGGACAUGGUGAAUCGGGGCGAUAUCUCACUCUCGCAUGUGGGAACCAGCAACAUGGUGGCCGACAUCUUCACAAAGGCUCUUGGCCCAAAGAUUUUCUCGACACACUGCUACGCACUAGGCCUUCGCACUCGACACCCACGGCUUGGAUCUGCCUCGCAUUCGCGUGGGGGGGGGUGUGAAGAGUCCACUCUCAGCUCGACAGGGGCGCCUCGGUCGUUGCGCGCGCCUGCUAGCCUGGCCCCUGUGGUGGGGACUUAG